AUGGCAUCGCGAUCACUCAUGCCUCUGCGGCGAACUUGGGCUCAAUUCGCAGCUCGCCAACUUCGCUCCACUGGUCAAAGUGCUCGGUCAUCCCGUGAGUAUACCACAGGACAAAACCCUAAGAAAAAACAAGAAUUCACUGUCUGGCGUCCUUACCUACGGCUCGCGAUUGGCGUGCCGUUCAUUAGCGCAAUCAUAUACUCCAUGGCAACUGGCGAAGUUACCGAACUCGAUUCCCCUUCCAUUGUCGAACUGGAUGAGGCCCUGAAGCGAUCAUCCGCCAUCACGGAAUCUUCCCCCAUGCGGUUGCGAAUGGAAAAACUCAUCAAGGACCAACAACAGAAGAUCAUCGAGGAGCUGGGCAGAAUAGAUGGCACAGAAUUCAAGCAGGAUACCUGGAGCCGGCCUAAUGGCGGUGGUGGCAUUUCAUGCGUACUGCAGGAUGGCAAUGUCUUCGAGAAGGCUGGCGUGAAUGUCUCCGUCGUCUACGGCGAGUUACCACGACCUGCCAUUGAGAAGAUGCGCGCCGAUCAUAAGUCAUUCGUCGGCUCUGAUGUCGAAUCGCUCAGUUUCUUCGCAGCUGGUCUUUCACUUGUCUUGCACCCGCACAACCCCAUGGCUCCUACUGUGCACCUGAACUAUCGGUACUUCGAGACUUCGGACCCCAAGGAUCCUAUCAACGGUGACAAAAACUGGUGGUUUGGCGGCGGUACGGAUUUAACUCCUACCUACCUCUUCUCCGAGGAUGCCCAGCACUUCCACAAGACCAUCAAGGAUACUUGUGAUCGUCAUGACGCGACCUACUAUCCCAAAUUCAAGGCCUGGUGUGAUAAAUACUUCUAUAUCCCCCACCGUGGUGAAUGCCGUGGAGUUGGUGGCAUUUUCUUCGAUGACCUAGACGCACAUUUCCUCCAGUCAUCUACUAGUUCGUCCUCCAACCCGCAAGAGACUUUGUUUUCCUUUGUCUCUGAUGGCUUGGCUUCUUUCCUACCUUCUUACGUGCCUAUCAUCGAGCGAAGAAAGGAUAUGUCGUACACUCCAUCCCAAAAGGAAUGGCAACAGCUGCGCCGUGGCCGCUAUGUUGAAUUCAACCUCGUCUAUGACCGUGGCACUAGCUUCGGUCUGCGGACCCCCAAUGCACGCAUUGAGAGUAUUCUCAUGAGUCUCCCGCGUACAGCUAGCUGGGCCUAUAUGGACCCUGUCUCGGGUACAAGGACAGAUAACAUGUCCGUUGACGAGGAUGAGCUCACGGAAGACAAAACCAGCGAAAAAGAGAUCAUGGAUGUGCUGAAGCACCCACGACAGUGGGCUUAA